CCACCGGUCGCAGUGUUCUGCGUUUCUCUUUUCACUUCUUUUUUCAGAUUCUAAACCCUAAACCUGCUAUUUCCCUUCUUCCUCGUCACAAAACCGUGAUUUUCUUCCCCAUUGGCGAAAUUCUGCAAAUUCACAAAACCCAUAUCAAGUUUCGACUCCAAAUUCCAAUCCGAAAAGUAUCCUCAAAACUCAAAAGAAACCCCUACAAACAACCCUAAACUACCACCCAGAAUAAAUCAUGAAAAACUUGAAAUUCCUAAUAUCGAUAACCUUCUAUUUUGAAAUCGAAAUCAAUAUCGUCUUCUUCUUUUUCGUUGUCUGUGUCGCCGCUGUAACCAGAGUAUCUUCCUUCACUUUGCUCCUGAGAAAAUCUUUCAAAAACACCUAUCGCUUCCAGCUCCGGCCACCCAACGACGAGUGUGAGGAAGAAGCCGACAUUGAAGCAUUCGUCUUGUUAAACAUCAUCUCCGCGUUCUUUUCAUCAUCUUUCUCCCUAUAGAAGGGGAUUUAAUCGGCAGUACCAACAUCGACCAUCCUUAAGGGAGACAUGGAUCUCGUUCUUCUUCGCAGAGAUUUAUCUUGUAACCUCAGAUCUCGCCCUCUCGCUUUCUUUUCAUUGUUGCCGGAUUCAGAUGGUUCGACAGCUUCAUGGGUCGGAUCUGAGUUCUUAAGGGAGAACCCACAUAGAUCUGGAAGGGGAAAGAGGAGGAAGAAGAAGGGGGAGAAAGAAAGAGAGAGAGAAGAAGGAAAAGAUAGACGGAGAGAAGAGGAUGAAGAAGGCUGGGAACGAGGAAGAGGCAGGAUGAGAGAUAAGAAUGGAGGAAGAAGUAAAAACCGUACCGUACCGGCCGGUACGACCGGUACGUACCGGUUUUUAAAGUUGACCGAAAUGUUAUAAUAUUAAUUUUUGUUUCGGUUAAAAUUCGGUCAUUUCGGUCACGAUCCGGUGUAUCGGCCGAAAUUCCUGUGAACCGACCAGUUCACCGGAAUUUCGGCCGAUACACACUGCCAAUUAAAAAAAAAGAUUCCUU